CAUCUCACCACCAUGCGAGUCCUCCUCCUUGGAGCGACCGGGAACCUGGGCAGCCGCUGUCUCCCCGCUCUGGUUGCCCACAAGCACGUCGUCACAGUCUUCGUUCGCAAUAGCUCCAAACUUCGAGCCAUGAUGUCCCCCGCACUGCUCGCGGAAGCUAACGCAAUUGUAGAGGGGGACGCGACGGACUCUACAGCUCUGGAGAAGGCCAUUCUCGACCACGACAUCGAAGGCAUCAUCGACGUAGCCGGAAACAUAGUACCACCCUGGAAGGAGUUCCUGCUUCCCAAAAUUGCCAGUGCUGUGAGGGACGCAGCUGUUGCAGUUGGGAAGCAGAGAGGGAAGCCGUUGAGAGCAUGGAUCACAUCCCAUCUGGGGAUUCUGGAGUAUCCAGGGACCAGUUAUCUCAUCCAAGACUUCGUGCCAAACUUUGCUAGUUCUCAACACCAGGCAACACGUGAUGUUGUUGAAGCAAUUCCAACGCAUGAUUUGAAAUGGUCGUUAGUUGCCGUCACGAGGAUGGUACCGUUGGAUCUUAAGCAAGGUCUCUUUGAGCCACUCAAUGCAUCACAAUCUCAUGACCUUCUUGUGGGAGCGACUGCUCCUCCAGCCUGGGAGAGCACAUGGUUGGGGAGUGUUCCAUUGAUUGGACCUCCUCUAAAUGCAAUCUAUGUCUGCCUUGUGUUGUAUCCGACGAAAUAUGAAGCCGUUGCUGAUUUUCUGGCUGAAGAUUUGGAGAAGGAAAAUUCGGAGUGGGUUGGCAAGAAGGUUGGCAUGAAGGAGAAGAGCAGAAAAGACAUUUGAGGAGUGGCUUGCGCAGAAGGAGUUCGGGUUAAUUUUUAUUUCUACAACAGUAGUAGGUGACGGAGUAGGACGCAAUUGUUCGAUACGGCGUGUUCGGGGGAACUGGGGACAUUGCCUCAUGGGAAUCAUGGCCCUUGCUGUGACUACUUUAUGAACUCUUGCUCAAAGCCUCUCUCUGUCUCGCAUACAUCGCAGCUUCGAAGGCGGUCGCCAACUCGACGCCCUUUAGAUCUACCAAAGGAAGGAGAUUACUCCCGUAAAAACCACUGCCAAACAAGUCAGC